AUGACGGUGUUAUUUCUCACCUUCAUACCACUAUUUGCAGCAUUGCUUAUCGACACAUGUCGAUGCGAAUCCAAGGAAAAAAGGAUUGAAAUGAAACAAGUAGAAAUUAGUGAUGAGAAAAUUGAAGGACUCGGAGAAGCCUGGCCGGCCUGGAAUACGCAAAGUUUACAGCAGAGCUACUCGUACGAACCGACCUCCUCUCAAAAUCACCUCACUUACAAUUCCUACGCAGCAGAACCGAGUGUGUCGUACCAACAACCGUUCUCGUUCGAUUUCUCGCAACUCUUUCCGCAGCAACAUGCAGCGGCUGCAGCCACCGCAUCCGCUUACGCUACCAGUGCUACACAAUUUGCGCAGAAUUUUGUUCAUCAGGGAGCGACCGCACCUCCGGUGAAUGCGCAGGUGGAUCAUCAGAAUAUCGAAAAGUAUAGUCAGUACUUAGAUAUACUAAGAAACGCCUACGGAAUUCAAUUGCCAGGAGAACUCGGACAGAAGUCGCAACCAGCGUACGAGUUGUCUUCGUACCCGACUGCAACAGCGACGACAUACCAAGCGGGUGCAAGCCCUUAUUUGACAGCAGCGCAGACGACCAGUAACACGGGCGUUGUUCAGCAUUCCGUUCAGCAUCCGACGGCGACUUACACUGCUGCUACGUCUAAUCCUCAGCCUCAGGCUCAGUAUCAAGUCUAUCAACCGCAACCUACCGUAUAUGAAAAACAACAGCAGGUGACCUAUCAGAAUGUGGCGCAGCCAGUCCAGUCGUCAGGACUUUACUCACAAAUCUCGUAUCCUGACACAAAAUCCCACUCAACCAUGCAGCAAAUUGUUCCGAGUAUGCAGAUUCAACAACAACAGCAAAUUCGACAGCAAAUUCAACAGCAAAUUCAGCAGCAAAUUGUAGAACAUGCAGCACAGCCGACUUAUAGCACACCAUAUCCUGUUCCAGCUCCAAUUCCUUCGUCAACAGCCCCACCACACUCAUACGAAACAGUUUCCUACCCUACUUAUAGCUCCUCACUCUCCGUUUCGCAGCCACAGUAUCCACAACCACAAAGUGUGCAAUAUCCUGGACUACUUCCUUCACAAACGAGUUCACCGGUUCACCCGCAGCCGGCUUACACUACGCAACUUCCAUCACAUCCACAACCUUCCGUUCCCUCGCCGUAUCCCCAACCACCCGCUUCGCCUACGGACAUGCAGUCGCAACAGACCGACAGGUAUCCGCCAUCGUAUCAGACGGCUGUUUUUUCGACCUAUAAUGGCCAAUCAACACCGCCAAAGCCACAAGUCUACACUUACAAAGGACCCGAUCAUGGCGUAAAACCUACAUACAGCACAAAUACUGGCUCCCAAUACAUCUCACCUUCCGAACAGGCCAUAGUCGAUGCUAAUACUGUAGCUGAACCGGAGACCAUAGGAAGCAUAUACGGUGGAGGAGAUCUCGCCGAACCAGCAGUUUACCCUCCGCACACUCAACCGUCGGUUCCACCCAUGACACGUCCUACUACUCCACGACCCACAUCAACUCGUCCUCGUCCUACCGUGCCACCGACUAAGCCUUCAACGAGGCUACCGAUGUCCACGAAAACUCCAGAAAUAGCUGUUUCAGCACAAGCUUUGACUCAGCAGAUUCGACGCCUACCCGCCGUUCUUUAUUUGGAUUCUCGAAUGGAAGGAAGCGCAGAGCUGGAAACGUUGUUGAGAGACACCUACGGAUUGCCCUUAGUGGCUUUCUAUGUGGAUAAACUGGGUCGACCGCAAUUGGCACAGAAGCACCUUCAUCAAUUAACCGCACACAAAGGCCUACCGUACCUCUUCAUCUGUGGCACUUUUAUUGGCAGUGAACAGCAUAUCCAGAAUUACCACAAAAACGGACAAAUCCCACAACUGGUAGAGUAUGUCUGUGGGGACGAUCGAAAAAAGAAGAAAAACAAGAAGACAUCAUCUUAA